GCCAAGAUAAAAGCAGACUGUCACUUCUGUUUUCUCUGUCCACCUUCAAGGAAAUCCAUCGUUUUGUUCCCGCAUUGGCAUUGUGCCUGAGAAGAUAGGUAAUUUGAGCCAGAAGAUGGUGUCUCUGCUCCUCAAAUAGCUACUUGCAAGCAUGCCCUCUCUUCUUCCCCUAGUAUUGACAUUUUUAUCUGUGUCAUCUCCUUCAUGGUGUCAGAACAGUGAUACAGCAUCUCCAAAAGCUAGUAAUGGAGACCCAUUCCCUUGGAAUAAUAUGCGACUUCCUGAUUAUAUGACCCCAAUUCAUUAUGAUCUCAUGAUCCAUGCAAACCUCAGCACUCUGACUUUCUGGGGGAAAACAGAAGUAGAAAUCACAGUUAGCCAGCCCACCAGCACCAUUAUUAUGCAUAGUCACCAGCUGCAAAUAUCUAAGGCCACCCUUAAAAGAGGAGCUGGAGAGAUGCUGUCUGAAGAACCACUGAAGGUCCUGGAAUAUUCUGCUCAUGAGCAAAUUGCACUGCUGGCUGCCCAGCCACUUCUUGCUGGUUCCCUGUACACAGUUAUCAUCGACUAUGCUGCCAACCUGUCUGAGAGUUUCCAUGGAUUCUAUAAGAGCACCUACAGAACACAGGAAGGGGAAACGAGAAUACUUGCAGCUACACAGUUUGAACCCACAGCUGCUAGAAUGGCUUUUCCCUGCUUUGAUGAACCUGCCCUCAAGGCAAGUUUUUCCAUCAAGAUAAAGAGGGAUCCAAGGCACCUGGCCAUCUCCAACAUGCCCUUGGUGAAAUCUGUGAAUGUUGCUGAAGGACUCAUAGAAGACCAUUUUGACAUCACUGUGAAGAUGAGCACCUACCUAGUGGCCUUCAUUAUUUCUGAUUUUAAGUCUGUGAGCAAGAUGACUAAGAGUGGAGUCAAGGUCUCUGUGUAUGCUGUGCCAGACAAGAUAAAUCAAGCCGAUUAUGCUCUGGAUGCUGCAGUGACUCUUCUAGAGUUUUAUGAGGAUUAUUUCAGCAUUCCAUAUCCUUUACCCAAGCAAGAUCUUGCUGCAAUUCCAGACUUUCAGUCUGGUGCUAUGGAAAACUGGGGACUGACCACAUACAGAGAAUCCUCUCUGUUAUAUGAUAAAGAAAAGUCUUCUGCGUCUAGUAAGCUUGGCAUCACAAUGACUGUGUCCCAUGAACUGGCUCACCAGUGGUUCGGGAACCUGGUCACUAUGGAGUGGUGGAAUGACCUUUGGCUCAAUGAAGGAUUUGCCAAAUUUAUGGAGUUUGUGUCUGUCACUGUGACCCAUCCUGAACUAAAAGUUGAAGACUAUUUCUUUGGUAAGUGUUUUAAUGCAAUGGAAGUUGAUGCAUUAAACUCCUCUCACCCUGUAUCCACACCUGUGGAGAAUCCUGCGCAGAUUCGGGAGAUGUUUGAUGAUGUUUCUUAUGAAAAGGGAGCUUGUAUUCUGAAUAUGCUAAGAGAUUAUCUGAGUGCAGAUACAUUUAAAAGAGGAAUUGUACAGUAUCUCCAAAAGUAUAGUUAUAAAAACACAAAAAACGAGGACCUGUGGAAUAGCAUGAUGCAUAUUUGCCCCACAGAUGGCACACAAACAAUGGAUGGCUUUUGCUCUAGAAGCCAACACCCAUCAUCAACCUCACACUGGCAUCAGAAGGUUGUAGAUGUAAAGACCAUGAUGAACACAUGGACACUGCAAAAGGGCUUUCCUCUGAUAACCAUCACUGUGAGAGGGCAGAAUGUGUACAUGAAGCAAGAACACUACAUGAAAGGUUCUGAACGCUUCCAAGAGACUGGGUAUUUGUGGCAUGUUCCACUGACAUUCAUUACCAGCAAAUCAGACUCAGUCCAGAGAUUUUUGCUGAAGACAAAGACAGAUGUGGUCAUCCUCCCAGAAGCAGUGCAGUGGGUCAAAUUUAAUGUGGGAAUGAAUGGCUAUUACAUUGUGCAUUACGAGGAUGAUGGAUGGGAUUCUCUUAGUGGCCUUUUAAAAGAAGCACACACAACAAUCAGCAGUAAUGAUCGGGCAAGUCUCAUCAACAAUGCAUUUCAGCUGGUCAGCAUAGGAAAGUUAUCAAUAGAAAAAGCCCUGGAUUUAAUCCUGUACUUGAAAAAUGAAACUGAAAUUAUGCCCAUAUUCCAAGCUUUGAAUGAACUGAUACCUAUGUAUAAGUUAAUGGAGAAAAGAGAUAUGAUUGAGGUGGAAACUCAAUUUAAGGACUUCCUCCUCAAGUUGCUGAAGGACCUUAUUGAUAAGCAGACUUGGAAAGAUGAAGGCUCUGUCUCAGAAAGGAUGCUCAGGAGCCAGCUCCUCCUCCUGGCAUGUGUGCGCCGUUAUCAACCCUGUGUGCAGAGGGCAGAGCGCUAUUUCAGAGAAUGGAAAUCAUCUAAUGGAAAUAUGAGCUUCCCUACUGAUGUGACCUUGGCUGUGUUUGCUGUCGGGGCCCAAAACACAGAAGGCUGGGAUUUUCUUUAUAGUAAAUAUCAGUCUUCUUUGUCUAGUACUGAGAAAAGCCAAAUUGAAUUUUCCCUCUGCACAAGCCAAGACUCAGAAAAACUUCAGUGGCUUCUAGACCAAAGUUUUAAGGGAGAGAUAAUAAAAACUCAGGAAUUUCCACAUAUUCUCACACUCAUUGGCAGAAACCCAGUGGGUUAUCCAUUGGCCUGGAAGUUUCUGAGGGAAAAUUGGAAUAAACUUGUACAGAAGUUUGAACUUGGCUCAUCGUCCAUCGCUCACAUGGUAAUGGGAACAACAGACCAGUUUUCCACCAGAGCACGUCUUGAAGAGGUAAAAGGAUUCUUCAGUUCCUUGAAAGAAAAUGGUUCUCAGCUCCGUUGUGUUCAACAAACCAUUGAGACCAUUGAAGAAAACAUACGAUGGAUGGAUAAGAAUUUUGAUAAAAUAAGAUUGUGGCUGCAAAAAGAAAGGCAGGAGUUGCUGUGACAAUGUUUCUUGCCAAGUUCCAGAAUUUAUAAUGAGCAAAAUUUUGUUCAAUUUGAGUAUUUUUAAAUUAAAGAUAGUUGUUUUGGCUACUACUGAAGAUAUUUUCUUAUUUCAUUUCACUUGGUCAUGUCUGAGAAAAGCUUCAAUGACUGUGAUUGACAGGUUUAAGCCCAAUUGCCCAGCUCCUUGCCACAGAAAAACCAGGAAGCUUCUUCUCAGUUUAUACUUCAUGCUUCUGUGUCAGUCAGUCAUCAGUAUUUUUGUAACUCCAGCAGUCUCUCUCUUCCUGGGUGAUUAUGGGUGCUUCACUGCAGGGUCCUGUUAAUCAGGCAGUUUUGCCCUCUGGAUUUUGUUGAUAGACAGUGUUUGGUAGUUGUGAUCCAUGAGGGAGUGCAUAGAGGUGUUUAUUUUCUUGUACUUGCCUCUGGCUGGCUUUCAACCACCUUAAAUCUUACUCCUAAGAGUUGACUUUUUUUUUUUCCCCCCUGCACUCUGGUAACUACUUCCUUUUUAUCCAUUGGGGCACAGGCCAACAGUGGAAACCUGAUACCAGUCAUGGUAAUACUUGUCAUUUUCACCCAAUAUACAUGCACAUUUGUUUUUAAAAAUAUUGUGUAUCUAUAACCCUCCUUGGAUAAGCCAAAUAUGAGAGCCACCUACUUUCUUUGGAAGGUUACUUUUAAAAUGCAGAGUGCAUUCAGAUCUGUAUCAGAAGUAUCUCGUUUUAAUAUAUACUUGAGAGUCACUGAUCCCUUCAGUAGGGAGUAGGGUUGUAAAUUCCUAAGUAACUCAUAUUAGCACUUACUGCAAAUAAAUCAUUGAGGACUCACUAACAAAGGACAAUAUUAAUAAUAUGCUUAUAUUAGUAUAAGGAAAGAAUUCUUUAAGUCUUA